UACACAGAAUACUUUGCGUCAUUUGGUUCAGUGUUGGAUGGCUCGGCUGCCAUUCACCCAGGGACGAACCCAGGGACGAGUGAUGGUUGGGAAGCCCCUCGGCCCCACAAAGCGGAUCCCGGCAGAAGAGCAGGACAUGAAGGAUUUCAUUUCAUUUUUCUUAGGACAACCAUUGAUGUGUGUGUUUGCUGUAUUGGAUCCAGUAGAGCAGGUACAAUGAAGCUGUACAUUACAUUACUGGUGGUUGCAGUGGUAGCCAGGGCUAUUGCUGCCCCAGCAGAGGAUGCAAUCACAGAUCUCCCAGGUCUGAAUCAUACCAUUGGCUUCCGACACUUCAGUGGUUACCUGUCUGGUGCGCAGGGGAAGCAGCUACACUAUUGGUUUGUGGAAUCCAUGCGGGAUCCAGCAAAUGACCCAGUGGUGUUGUGGAUGAAUGGUGGUCCAGGAUGCUCUUCUAUGGAGGGCCUUCUUGCAGAAUUAGGACCUUACCUAGUUAAUGCGGAUGGCAAAACUCUCCAGGAGAAUCCCUAUGCUUGGAAUACUGUUGCAAAUGUGCUUUUCCUGGAAGCACCAGCCUGUGUUGGAUUCUCAUAUGAUCCUAAUGAUGAUUGUAGAACUGGUGAUGAUGAGACUUCACUCUCAAAUUAUUUAGCUCUACAAGACUUUUUCCUCCAUAAGUUCCCAGAGUACCGCAAGAAUGAAUUCUACAUCACAGGAGAAUCUUAUGCAGGUAUAUAUGUCCCCACUCUGGCUGUUAGAGUGCUUAAGGGCCAGAACAACUUCACCAUCAACCUUCAGGGGUAUGCCAUUGGCAAUGGACUCUCCAGCUAUGAACUAAAUGAUGACUCCAUCAUCUUCUUUGCAUAUUUUCAUGGCCUCUUUGGUGAUGAGUGAGUUCCCUGUUUUAUCU